AUGGCCUCGAAAACUGACACUGGCAGGAUGUAUUCGAGGCACCUCGAUGACGAAGAAAACCCUUUCCUUGCGAAUGAAGAAGAAACCAUCAACCAGGCCGCUGAGCACACAACGGCGAAGUGGGUAGCCGCGACGGAUUCUGGAGCUCGAAGUUGCGCCUGGCUGAUUCAUGGCAUCUUUUUCCUUUUUUAUACCAGUAUAUUCCUUGCCUUUUUCAUUGCCGAGUCUCGAAAGCCAUGCUCAAAUGUGUCGCUUCUCUGGUCACCUGCACAAGACAUCGUUGAGUGGGAAACACGUAUAAUCGAUGCGAUACCUGGGUCUACACCAUAUACAGGUUAUCCCAACUCAGUUUCUGAUGCAGCUUGGGCAGAUUUACUGAAAGGAAUAAGCCUCAAAAUCCUCCCCGAGGAGAUGGAGCGACUUGGCUAUACCUCAUUGGCCCUGAAAGAUGGCUCGGGAUUUGUAGGCUCCUUGGGUGUCUACCACGAACUCCACUGUAUAAAACGCGUAAGAAAGAUGAUUUAUUGGAAUUAUUAUUACCCAAACAUGACCACAGAUGAAUGGCACCAUCAAAUGGGACAUAUUGAACAUUGUUUAGAACAGAUCCGGCAAUCAGCUAUCUGCCACGGGGAUGUGAAUGUCAUACCAUUUUCAUGGUUACAAGAUGAUGAGCAUCAGAUUCCUUUGCCAACCAUGCAGUUUGGUUCUCUGCAUCAGUGUAUCAAGUGGGAUAAGUUAGAUGCAUGGGCAAAAGAGCGUCGUCUUGACCUAUUUGAUAAAGAACUUCUCGUACCAGCUAAUUCGAAAUAA